AUGUCCAGGACAACACAACAACAGCAACAGACAAAAAGGCCCAUCAAGAGGGUAGCCGUCAUCGGCGCGGGCCCAGCCGGCGCCAUCACCAUUGAUGCCCUCGCCCAGGAAAGGACAUUCGAUCUCAUCCGCGUGUUUGAGAGACGAGAAGGACCAGGAGGAUGCUGGAUCGGCGACAACAACAACAACAACAACAACCGCCCUCAACCGCUUACCGACUUCACCUCCCUCUCCAACCGCACCGCCGACCCACCACUUCCCAUCCCGCAGGGCGCCCUCCCCGCAUUCACGCCCAAACUAGACCAACAGCGCUUUACCGAAUCCUCCGUCUAUCCUUACCUAGAAACCAACGUCGAUGCCCUCCCUAUGGAGUUUAGCCAGGAACCCUUUCCCUCGCAAAAGAGCGAGUUGUCCAUUGCCUUGCACGGUCCCGACACGCCGUUCCGCCACUGGAAGAGCGUGCGGGGGUACAUUGCAGGGCUAGUGAACCGUAACGGGUAUCAGGACUUGGUAUCGUAUUCCACGACGGUCGAGAAAGUGGAAAAGGUCGGCGACGAGUGGAAGGUGACGCUGCGCAAGGAAGGCGAACAACAAGAAGAUUAUUGGUGGGCGGAGUGGUUCGAUGCCGUGGUGGUGGCUAGUGGUCAUUACUGGGUGCCGUGGAUUCCUGCGGUGGAAGGUCUCGAGGCGUUUGAGAGGCAGAGGCCGGGAAGUGUACUUCAUAGUAAACAGUUCCGGGGGAGGGAUCUUUACUUGGAUAAGAAAGUAGUAAUAGUAGGCGCCUCCGUCUCCGCCGCCGACAUCGCCUACGACCUCGCCCACUCGCGCACCGCCCAGGUUCCCGUGCACGCCAUUACUGUAGGACACACAUUCAACGGAUACUUUGGCGACGAGGCAUUCAAGCAUCCGCGCAUCGAGAACCACCCGUCUAUUUCUAGGGUAUGUCCCAAGACCCGCACCGUUUAUCUCGUGGACGGCACAUGCAUCCCCAACGUGGACCACAUCAUUUUCGGCACGGGGUACACCUGGACUCUCCCCUUCUUGUCGCAGGUGCUACCCGUGCGCAACAACCGCGUCCCGGACCUCUACCAACAUGUCGUCUGGCAAAAGGAUCCGUCCCUCUUAUUUGUCGGCGCCGUCGGCGCUGGGCUGACUUUCAAGGUGUUUGAGUGGCAAGCGGUGUAUGCGGCGAGGAUACUGGCUGGUCGCGCGCAGAUGGUGCCGACGCUAAAGGAGAUGCAGGAGUGGGAGGAGGAGAGGAUCAAGGAGAAGGGCGAUGGGCCCAAGUUCAGUUUGAUAUAUCCCGAGUUUGAGGAGUACUUUGAGACGUUGAGGAGAUUGGCAGGGGAGGGCGAGACGGCGAGGGGCCUGGGGAGGAAGUUGCCUAGGUUUAGACCGGAGUGGUUUAGAGCGUUUAUGGAGGGGCAUGAUUUGCGGAAGAGGAUGUGGAAGAGGGUGAGUAAGCAGGCGAGGGAGGAGGACAAGUUCUCGAGGGCCAAGUUGUGAGGGGCGGG